AUGCCGCGAGAUGCUAUCGUAGUUCUCGACCCGAAUCCAGAUCUGGCUGCGGACUGUGCUCUCUCCAUACUUGGAGUUAUAUACUUGGCAAUCGACAUGGAAAAGCACGCGGGUGCAGACAUACGCAUCCUGGCAGUACCAACGGCUGGUCAUGAUGAUCUGUUAUCGGAUCUGGUACAUCUGCGGGAUGGCAGCCGAAAUUUUGGAUUCAUCUACCUGUUACAUAAUGCGGAAUAUCCUCGUGUCCCCAUUCUACAGAAGCGCACCGAGGCCCAGGGAAUCAUAUCUUACAACAAGUUCGCUGAGGCCAAAGGCCUUCAAGCGCUUACUUCACCAACAUACACUGCAUAG